UAUCCUCUAGGCUACAAUUUGUUCAUUGUUAUUGCCCAUGAGCUUGGCCACUCGCUGGGUCUGUCUCAUUCAAAUGAUCCUGGAGCACUGAUGUAUCCAACUUACGCCUACACGGACCCCAAGGAAUUCCUUCUUCCUCAGGAUGACAUUGAUGGCAUUCAAGCCAUUUAUGGGCAGUCUAAUGUUGCUAUGCAGCCAACAGGACCUGUAACUCCAAAAUCUUGUGACCCAAAUUUGACAUUUGAUGCUAUUACUACUCUACGUGGAGAAAUAAUAUUCUUCAAGGGCAGGUAUAUGCUGCGCAAACAUCCUGCAAGGGCGGGGACGGAGCUCAACUUUAUCUCGCUGUUCUGGCCACAGUUACCAUCAGGAAUUCAAGCUGCUUAUGAAAACGUUAAUAGAGAUGAAGUUUUACUUUUUAAAGAGGGUAAAUAUUGGCUUGUCAGGGGAUAUGACGUUGCACGUGGCUAUCCUAAACCAAUUUAUCAUCUGGGGUUCCCAAAGACUAUUAAAAGAGUUAAUGCUGCUUACAGCGAUGAAGUCACAGGAAAAACAUACUUCUUUGUAGCUGACAGAUACUGGAGAUAUGAUGAAAACAAGAAAUCUAUGGAUCCUGGUUAUCCCAAGAAAAUAGUCUCCCACUUUGGAAAAAUUGGCCGGGUUGAUGCUGCUUUCCAGAAAGAUGGCUAUGUCUACUUCUUCCAUGGAACAACUCAGUUCCAGUUUGAUCCUCGUGCUAAACGGAUUGUCGGAAUAAUGAAGAGCAUCAGCUGGUUUAAUUGUUAA